AUGGUUGUCAGGUCGGCUUCAGGAACUCUGGGCGGGGUGCCCAUGAAGCAUGUUUCUCUCGUGACACUUAUAUUCCAAAACUCUGCCCUCAUCCUGGUUAUGCAUUACUCCAGGAUAAUGCCUCUGACUGGAGAGCAACGAUACCACGCAAGCACAAGCGUCUUCCUGAAUGAGGUCAUCAAGCUCGCUAUCAGCUUGACUAUGGCAUUACACGAGAUGUCAGGCAACCUUCCUUCAAAUACGACGAUCCCCACACUGUUCCGUACCUUGACGACCGCGAUCUUUACAAACGAGAGCUGGAAGCUUGCGAUACCGGCCGUGCUAUACACGAUACAAAACUCCCUCCAAUACAUUGCUGUCAGUAACCUGGACGCCGCGACGUUCCAGGUGACGUACCAGCUCAAGAUCCUGACGACGGCUAUCUUCAGUGUGUUGAUGCUGGGCAGAACACUUUCGGCGCGCAAAUGGCUAUCGUUGUUGCUUCUCAUCAUCGGCGUCUCUAUUAUACAGGUACCGCAAGCGACUGCGCCGUCACCACCACAAGCCUCUGGUGCAAAGCCAUGGACCAAGACGCUGGAGCAGCUGCACGAUCUUGGUGAGAAUGUCGCAGGGCGGCUAGGGAGACGAUCUGGGUCAUACGAGGGCAUACACGCGGAUCGUGCAGCUCAGAUACCCCACAUGAAUUACCGGGUUGGGCUCAUGGCUGUCCUGAUCUCCUGCGCGCUUUCAGGCCUAGCCGGGGUUACCUUUGAGAAGAUCUUGAAGGACUCAACGAGCGCCAAGCAGACGCCGCUCUGGGUCCGCAACUGCCAGCUCUGUUUCUGGUCGCUCUUUCCGUCGUUGUUCCUGGGCGUGAUAUGGAAGGAUGGGGAGAUCAUAGCUAAGACUGGAUUCUUCGUCGGCUACAACUGGGUGGUGUGGACGGCUAUCGGUCUUCAAGCAGCUGGUGGCAUUGUGGUUGCGCUCGUCAUCAACUAUGCCGAUAAUAUCGCCAAGAACUUCGCGACAUCGAUUUCUAUCUUGUUCUUCCUUGGCACAUGCGUCGUGCUGUUCGCAACCUAUCUUUACACAAAGCCUGAGCGGGGCUCGCAAUCGUUGCCAGUCAGGAUUGCCGACUUCGAGAAGACUACGGUGGAUCGCACAAUCGAUACCAACAAGCCGCGGAGGUCAUCAGUGUAUGAAGCUGCUCCAAAAGCAGCACCGGAAUCGCCCUCUAUAGAACGGCAUUCUCACAAGCGAGAUGCUUGA